CAACGCAUUCCGAAAUCAAGGAGAACUGUCAAAUUGAACGCAUUUGCCUUGAAAAAGAUAAUGGCAGGAAGCCGACUGGAGAAAAUAGGUUCCAUAUUCACGAGGAUGAGAGGUCUUUUAACAUCUGGUGCUGUGAAGGAAAUCGACAAGCCAUUAUGGUAUGAUAUUUACGAAGCGUUUCCACCUAGGCAAAGCCCUGAGUACAGCCGUCCUGAACCCACUGACCAUGUGCGUAAUAUUCUGUACGCUGAGGAUAUAAUCAGGGCACAAUUUUACAAGAUUUAUGGAAAUCCUGAUGUAGUUGAUCUACAAAAUGAGAAAGUCAAGACUACCUGUCAAAAAUUCGUUGAGAAGUACUUACAAUUGCUGGCUGCGGGUAAAGACAAGGCUGAGGUGUUCCAUUUGACUAGUGAGGCAUUGAAGGGGGAGGGCAUUCGUUUAAGAACUGUGGAAGAAAUACGAAAGGAACAAGAGAAGUUGAGGCCACCUGUAAACAAAGAGAGUGAGACAGUCCAGCCGAUUUCAGCCAAGGAUGUGUUUGGGAGGAUCGCAGAAAAAGAUAGGUCUGGGGAAGAGGUGGUGGAUCAUGGCAGCGAAGAGUACAGGUAGUCCCUGCCCAAAUGGUGUGAAAUAAUGACUGUCACUGUGGAAUAGGGACACAAAGUGCUUGUGCAUGGAACACCUGGGCCGAGUUCAAAAGUGCAUUAGCAGUUAAGCUCAUUAACUAGCCUGGGCUAAAGUCAUAUUAGUAUUGUAAUAGGUUGAGACAGGUAUUAAGAUUUAAACUGGGCUUAAUACACUUUUGAACACCUGACACAAGGAAAAAAAUUUUGCAGUGUGAUGACUCUGGAAGCAGGACAUAAAGUGUGCAAAGUUGAUGACUCUGGA